AUGUCUCGCAAAGCUCCCUCCAAGCCUCUUCCCAAGUUUGACGUCGGUGAAGAUUACACACUCCUUUAUGCCCUGGGUGAAGGAGCCUAUGGCUCCGUCGUUGCUGCUGUUCACAAACCAACUGGACGACGCGUUGCUAUUAAAAAAGUGUUGCCAUUCGAUCAUAUACUAUUUGCUUUACGAACUCUCAGGGAGUUGAAGCUGCUGAAAUAUUUCUCGGAGGAAUGUUCAAACGAAAACAUUAUCUCUGUUCUUGAUAUCAUCAAACCUACCUCUUUUGAAUCCUUCAAUGAGAUUUACUUUGUACAGGAAUUCAUGCAAACUGAUCUCCACCGUGUUAUCCGAACUCAACCUCUCACCGACGAUCAUUGUCAAUACUUCAUAUAUCAAACCCUCCGCGCGCUGAAGACUAUCCACAGUGCAGACAUCGUUCAUCGGGAUCUCAAACCAGCGAAUUUGCUCUUGAACGCCAACUGUGACCUUAAAGUUUGUGAUUACGGUCUUGCCCGUAGUUUGAAGGCUGGGUUUGAAAAGGUGAAGGUUGGUGAGGGUGUAAUGACGGAAUAUGUUGCGACGAGAUGGUAUCGGGCACCCGAAAUCAUGUUGAGCUUCAAGAUGUAUACGAAGGCGAUUGACAUGUGGGCUAUUGGGUGCAUCCUCGCAGAGCUGAUUUCAGGAAGACCCUUAUUCCCUGGUCGUGACUAUUCACACCAACUCGAUUUGAUUCUUGAUGUUAUCGGAACGCCUACCGUGGACGAGUUUUACGCCAUUACGUCUCGCAGAUCGAAGGAGUACAUCCGUUCCCUGCCAAUCAAGAAGCCCAAGAGCUUUUCAUCUCUCUUCCCUCACGCUUCCGCAGACGCAAUCGACUUCUUGAAUAAGACACUCACAUUUGAUCCCCAAAGGCGGAUGGCGGUUGAAGAGGCACUCAAACAUCCCUAUGUCGCUGCUUACCAUGACGCUGAGGAUGAGCCAGCUGCUCCAUCACUCGAUCCGGAGUAUUUCCAAUUUGAAGCACACAAAGAGCAGCUAUCAAAGGAACAGCUUAAAGAGCUCUUGUUUGACGAAGUGAUGUCGUUCAAACCGGUCAUCGAUAACACUCUCAAGACAGCCGCAUCCUAG